AUGGCCAACGACGAGUACGAUUUUCUCUUCAAAGUGGUUCUGAUCGGAGACUCUGGUGUCGGAAAAUCCAACCUUUUGAGUCGGUUCACCCGCAACGAGUUCAAUCUCGAUUCCAAGUCCACGAUCGGCGUCGAGUUUGCCACCAGGUCCAUCCAGGUCGACUCCAAGACGAUCAAGGCUCAGAUUUGGGAUACUGCCGGCCAAGAGCGUUACCGCGCGAUCACCUCGGCCUACUAUCGAGGUGCUGUGGGUGCGCUGCUUGUCUACGACAUCAGCAAGCACCAGACGUACGAGAACGUCACACGAUGGCUCAAAGAGCUGCGGGACCACGCCGAUGCCAACAUCGUGAUUAUGCUUGUGGGUAACAAGAGCGAUUUGCGACACCUGAGGGCCGUACCGACCGAAGAGGCAAAGGCUUUUGCCAGCGAAAACCACCUCUCUUUCAUCGAAACUUCUGCUCUUGACGCAAGUAAUGUCGAGCUGGCAUUCCAGAACAUUCUGACGGAGAUCUACCGGAUCGUUUCGAGCAAGGCCCUUGACAGCGGCGACGGCGCUCAGGCUACCAUUGGCGCCGGCACAAACAUUUCCCUCAGCAAGCCUGUAGACGACGGAGCAGGAAAGAAGGCCGGAUGCUGUUAG